AUGGAACAAAAUGUUGAAAAUAAGGAUGUUGUUGAAGAGCCAAGAGCAGGAAUGUCAUUUUCAUCAGUUGAGGAAGUAAGGGCAUACUACACGAGUUAUGCAAAGCAAGUUGGGUUCGGAGUGACAAAGCGAAGUUCUAAAAUCGGAGAUGAUGGGAAAAUAAGGUAUUUCACCCUUGCUUGUGUCCGUCAAGGUACGUCUAUGAGCACAACGUCGAAUAUUCUCAAACCAAGGCCGAUGGAACAUAACGGGUGCAAGGCAAAGAUCAAUGUCAUAUUAAGUUCCGAAGGAGAGUUUUGUUUGACCCAUGUUGUCCUUGAGCACAAUCAUACUCUCAGUCCUGGAAAAACAAGAUAUAUUAGAUGUCAUAAGAGGUUGGAUGAGUCGAGCAAGAGAAGAUUAGAAUACAAUGAUAUGGCUGGCAUUCAAUUGAGCAAGAACUACAAUUAUUGCGUCGCUGAGGCAGGAGGAUAUGAGAAUCUCACAUUUGGAGAAAGAGAUGCACGUAAUUACAUACGUGAGGUGAGAUUACUUCGGCUUGGGUUAGGAGGUGCCGAAGCACUACAAAACUACUUCACUCGUAUGCAAUCGCAAAAUGAUGGUUUCUUUUAUGUCAUGGAUGUUGAUAAAGAGACCAGAUUGAGGAAUGUGUUUUGGGCAGAUGCCCGUAGUAGAGCAUAUGAGUCAUUCGGUGAUGUAAUAACUUUCGACACGACGUACUUGACCAAUGCAUACAAAAUGCCAUUUGCUCCUUUUGUGGGAGUUAAUCAUCAUGGUCAAUCAAUUUUAUUUGGAUGUGGCCUGAUUUCUGCAAAGGAUACGGACACAUUCGUUUGGUUAUUUGAAUCAUGGCUCAAAUGCAUGAAUGGCCGCGCACCACAAGCCAUAAUAACAGACCAAGAUAAAGCUAUGCAAAAUGCAAUUGCAAAGGUGUUUCCGAAAUCUCGACACCGAUUUUGCUUGUGGCAUAUAAUGAAAAAAGUUCCCAAAAAAUUUGGAGCGUACAGUCAAUACGAUGAUAUUAAAAGUCAGCUGCACAGGUGUGUUUAUGACACGUUGAGUCGUGAUGAAUUCGACAAGUGUUGGCAGCAACUUCUUGACAGUUUUGAUCUGCAUGAUCAUUCAUGGCUUGAGUGGUUAUAUUUUGAGCGUCAUCUAUGGGUGCCAGCGUACAUCAGGAAUGACUUUUGGGCAUGA